UUCUAUAGCCUGUACUACCACCGUUUCAACGUCAGGGGGAGCCAUUUUUGCGCAUUUACUGAUCACACGGAGAGACGUUCAGAGUGGCAAAGCUUGCCGCAAAGCCCCAUCCUCCGGGGAUUUCUACAGACCGUGUUUGCUUCAUGCUCCAACAAUAUAAGCGCUAAAUGUACCGAACCGACCCUCGUCGUGGAAGCAAAGACAGCUACGGCAUCGGCAAACUGUUAAAUAAAUAAAUAUAUGACCACAUAGCUAAGCUUUUGUGUGUCAAAUAGUUUAACCCCUAAUCUGCCACAGUGGAGGACAGUCGAAGCGGUGGUGUUUUUUCGGGGGGGGGGGAAAGCGUGCAGGUUUUUGUGUUGUUUUCGAUGCGGUCGGGACUAUAGCCGACUGGCUCGUCGCAGCUAGCUCGGUCCAGCCGCGUUGAUGCCGCAGCAGCUCGUAGCCUUCGCAUCCAGCUCCGCUAUCACGGGAUCGGGAAGACAAAAGGUGAGGAACACGCCGCUCUGGUCUCCUGGAAAGAAGAAAUAAAGCUGCUGAACGAGAUUCUGCGCCCGCUUGUGCUUCACUAGUGUCCCAGUGAAGAAUCAGGCUGCAGAGCGAAGUCGCAGUCUGCAGGCAGCUGCAUCAGGAUGGCGGCCGUGGUCAACUACUCUCCACCUUGGUGGGUGAAUCUGCUUCACCGGUUACCUCACUUUAACCUGGAAUUUCAAAUGGUGAGCAGUGACUUCAGACCAGAGGACUCAGAGUAUCAGAAGUCUAUUUUGCUCAUCGGUGCUAUGGCCGUGCUGUGUUUGGGCCUGGACCUCAUUUUCCUCCUCAUCUACUCCUUCUGGCUUUGCUGCCGAAGAUGCAAGAAGGAAGACUCCUCACACUCCCAUUCUCGCUCCCAGCAGCCCAGUGCAGACUGCUGCUGCACCGCUUGGUGCGUCAUCAUCGCCACGCUCGUCUGCAGUGCUGGAAUCGCUGUUGGAUUCUAUGGAAACGGGGAGUCGAGUGAUGGAGCCAGUCGCCUGGCGUACUCCCUUCGUCAUGCCAACCGCACUGUUUCUGGAGUGGAGAAACUGGUGUCAGACAAUACCCAAGCCUUAAACCAGACAGUGGAGGAGAACUUGGCCCAGUUAGAGACAACCUUCCAGGAUCAGACGGACUAUGUGGCCAUCAUCCAGAAGCUGCAAGGACAGCUGGACGAGCUGGUGAGGCUGAUGGUGGACGUUCCAUUCUGGUCCAACACGGACAUCUCUCUGGAAGACUUAGCCCAAAAAACCGAGGCCUUUGACUUUUACAGGUGGUUGGGUUACCUUGGUCUGCUGCUGUUCGAUGUUCUCAUUUGUCUGCUGGUGCUCUUUGGGCUCAUUCGCAACUCUCGGGGCACUCUGAUUGGAGUGUGCUUCCUUGGGGUUUUGACUCUGAUAAUCAGCUGGGGUUCUCUGGGUCUUGAGCUGGGUGUCGCUGCUUCGGCCAGUGACUUCUGCGUCUCUCCAGAUUCCUACAUAACCAGUGUAACCAAAGACAAUGCAGUCAUCAAUCAAGAUAUCCUGCAGUACUACCUGAGGUGCAGCUCUGGAAAAGUGAACCCGUUCCAGCAGAGGCUGUCAGGGAGUCACAAAGCUUUGGUGGAGAUGCAGGAUGAUGUGGCAGAACUACUGAGAUCAGCAACACGUGAUUAUGCCACUGCCAAGGAGAGUCUGGAGCAAAUCCAGUCGGUUCUCAACACCACUGAGGUUGGUCUCCACCAGCUGACCGCCCUGGUUGAUUGUCGCAGCCUACACAUGGACUAUGUCCAGGCUUUGACUGGGCUGUGCUAUGAUGGAGUAGAAGGUCUUAUCUACCUGGUUCUGUUCUCCUUUGUCACCGCUCUGAUGUUCUCUUCUAUUGUGUGCAGUGUGCCACAUACCUGGCCAAGGAAGAGGAUGGAUGACGAGGACGGAGAAGACGAGUCGGGUGCCUCUCGCGGCGUGCACGAUAACCUGUACCGUGUUCACAUGCCCAGUCUCUACAGCUGUGGCUCCAGCUAUGGCAGCGAAGCUAGCCUGCCUGCCACAGCCCACACUGUCAGCAAUGCCCCCGUCACUGAAUACAUGAGCCAGAACGCAAACUUUCAGAACCCCCGGUGUGAGAACACCCCCCUGAUUGGCAGGGAGUCCCCUCCACCCUCUUACACCUCCAGUAUGAGAGCGAAAUACCUAGCCACCAACCGACCAGAGCAGAACCGCCGCUCUGUUCCCAACGACCAACUGGAUCCCGCCAGUCGGCCUAACCCCGCUGCCCGGCCUCAGUCCUCAGUCCACUAGAGACCAGUUCAACACAGCACUGCCUCAGCCAUGUUCUCACAGCCAACAGCUCUCAGGACGGAGCUCAGCAGGAUCCCACCGAAUCUGUUUAAGAUGAAGCCAGAAGCCACACAUGGGCUUUGAGCGGCUCGUCCAGUUCGCCCUCUCUCUGCCGUUCCUCCUCCUGUUCCUCUGAUAUCUCCUCCUGGGACGUAUCUGAUCACCACCCCCCCACCCCCCCACCCCAGCUCCGAGACGCUUUUCCACUGAAACAACUCACAGCCACACACACCCCCACACGCCAAUACACACAUUGUAUAGAGCUGUAAAUAGUGCAACAUGCGCUUUAUUCCAAUUUCACGAGGAGUAGACUGUUUAAUGCUUCCUGGUUAUGUGGUGUGCUGUGUGUUCAUCAUGGAAACUCUUCACUGUACCAUUUACACACACACACACACACACACACACACACACACACACUAACUAAAUGCUCAUGUCUGUAAAUAACAAGUCAGUGACUCAGAACGCCGUGACAGUAGGUAGGGACUGAGCUGAGCCACAUUCACAUUCCCUUUUCGACUCGUCUCUUAAGGCUCGGAUCGUCGUGUCCACCGUCAUCGUGUUUACGUGCAUGUACAGCACACACACACACACACACACACACACACCCAUUAAUGCAUUCUGAAGUAAUUGAGCCAGGAGUUCUGUUGUACAACACACACGUUUAUCUGGGAAGUGGGAGCUGUGGAUAAAAAAAGAAAAAGGCUCAACUUGUGCCAAAUAAACUGACUAAUGAAAAUAAAGGAUGCCUGAUACUGUUCUCAUCUCCUACUGCCUCAGGAUGACUCAUAACAGAAAAACGAAACAUGUUUUGUUUUUUGUUCGUUUUUUUGUGUGUAGCUGACAGCGAUAAGGGAAUAGGACAAACAUUUAAAAAGGGAAUCAGCGGACACUGUUUGCAUUUUAUAGCCUAUUGGGUGCUAUGUAACGCUGUCAGAAGAUCAGGAUGGAGAGGGAGAAUAAAAAUGUUUUCUCCCUUCAGGAUUGUGCUGAGCGACAUGCAGUGCCUCAGUGUUAUUCAUAGACCUUGAAGUUUCUCCUCUUUUCCCCCAUCAGAACCACAAACAUCAAUUUAUUUUGUCAAAAUUUUAUUUGACAGACCAACAAAAAGCAGAUAGCUGUAAAGUGGAUGGAUAUUUAUUUCUGAUUAAAAAUUCUAAGACGAUGUUAUUGAAGCGCUUUUAGUUGCCAUGGCAGCUACAGGCCCAUCAGGGCCUGCUUCUUUCAGUUUCUGGAGGCCCAGAACUAAAAGAGCUCCAUCUCAGUCAGAUAAGAUCGAGAGCAUCCAGCAAGUUUGACCACAGACUCUUGGUCUGGACUUUGACUGGGACACUUUAACACACGAUGAUGCUUUGGUGAAUCUCCACCUCAAUCUCGAGUCUUUUGGAAGUUUCUGAACAAAAGUGUCCCCCACAGCAUAACACCACCACCGCUUUAUUUAACAGUGAGUGUUGAGUAAAGGAUUAAAUAAUUUUGCCUCAUAUUUUACUUUGCAUUUAGACUAGAAUGUUGACUUUAAUUCUUAUCUGACUAUAGCAGUCUCUGCCUGUCGUUUGGGUCGUCUCCUACAUGUCUUGUCACUUUCAUGAUGCUGUUUGUUCACUAAUCUCUUCCAACCCUCUGAGGACUCCACAGGAAAUUCAUAAUGAGUUUAAAUAACUCCUUUUACUAAGUAGUAGACUUCUGAAAUCUCUCAGUUCCACUGGAUGUCGGAGUAAAGAGGAUUAAAUACACACUAGGGCCACAUCCUUUAUGUUAUUUGUCAAAACAAGAAGAAAAAAAGUAAAGUAUUCAUUCAUCAGUCCCUUUUGUCUGCCACAUGAAGCUCCAGUAAAAUACAUUGAGGUUUGUGGUUGAAAUGUGGGAAAACAUAUAUUCAUAAAACAAAUUUCUGUUGUCCCUGAAUGGUAAUUGGGUCACAGAAAAUAGUGUUACUUAAAAUCAUUAACUCAUCACAUGGUGAUUUUUUUUGUUAUUUUGUUUAUUUAGGAUGUGAUACUGUGACCAAGAAUAGUUGUCAUUUUCUUCUUUUAUAUUCCUGAACCUUUCCUGCUUGAGUUUUUUUAAGCAGUUAAUCUUGCCUUGCACCAUUGGGAUGUUUUUAAGGUUUUUUUGUUUUUUACUCAAGCACAAGUUCUUUGGGAGAUGACUCUAUGAGAUGAAGAAUUCAAACUCACUGCCUGUGACGGGACACUGCCACGUGGCUUUUCCACUCGCCCUAAAACUAUGUACAGUGUAAAAUAACAAACUGCAGUUGUGAACCCGUGUGUGUGGCGUCUCUGCAGCGUGGUUGCCUAAUGUUCUCUCAGUGUUGGUCAGUCGGUGCGUCUGGGCUGCCUGAAUAGCCUGAGUCGCGUCCAUAUCACGGCUGCACACACACGGCGUGUGGCAUGAUUCUGAUUCUUGUACAUGCCUUAUGGGCGUUGGGGUAUUGUUUAAAAUCUCUCUUUCUUUCCAUCAUUUAGUCCUGUUUACAUCAAGAACUGGGGCAACGCUACAAUCUCCUCACACUGAUUUGCAUCAUAGGUGACGCAGUAUAGACACAUCUUCUCACCCACUGUUUGUAUAGAAGAUUUUAAUAUUGUCUGCUUAACUUAAACAAUGGCCACCUCUCGUAGUAGCGAGACAAUCUCACAUGUGUGGUUUUACUAGGAAGAGAAAAUGUCUGUGUUACGAUGCUACCUAUGUUCUAAGACUUAACCGUGUUUUCUUGCACCAUUAAUGCAAACGAUGUUAAGAUCUGUGGGACAAGUCACUGAUGAGUGGCCUUUCAUAUUUAUAAACUCUUAAAAAAAAACAUCAUACCCUUUUAUGUAUUUUUUUCCCUCUGUCUUUUAAAAGAAGACUUUAAAGAUGCAUAAUGACUAGCUAGUUUUUCUUUUUGGAGGAUAAGGAGAACACAUUAAGGUUGAAUGACUCUCUGUAUUGCAAUGCUUUAACAAGACUAUUUCAGUGUCGUCUGUUCUCCUGAAUCCUGAGUUGUAUCUGACAUUGUGUUCAGUAGGAUAAAGUGUAAAAAAAAACAACUGUAAUUUGUGUGGGCGUGUGCUUGUGUGUGUGUGUGUGUGUGUGUGUGUGUGUGUGUGUGUGUGUGAGAGAGAGAGAGAGAGAAGCCUACAGGACUUCAUAUACCUGUGUGCAGAUGUGAGACAGUGUUUUCUAUCGGUGUUUUUAUUUUCUGAUAGUUUUAACUGAUAUUAACAAUUUACAUGUCAAAACUGUGGUAAUGAUUCAGCCUGGAAUAAGUGUUAAAAAAUGAAAUUAAACAUGUUAAACGUACA